AUGCAGGGGGAGUCGCGGGGGUUGGUGGGAGGGCGGCGGGGGCACCAGCCGUCCCCAAGCCCUGCCGCGGUGCGUGUGCCGGCGCGCGUCCUCGGCGGUGAAUUCGCGAUUGGCAGCGCCGUCUUUGCCCCGAAGCGGCGCCGGGCGGGGGCGCUCCACUACGCGCUGGCGGAGGUGACCGGCGUGCAGGCCUGCGCCGGCACCGCGACCGUGGCCUUCGCGGGCGCCGAGCCGGGCGUGGACGACGAGGCUGUUCCUCUUUACGCGCUGGUCCCGUGCCCGCGACCCGCCCGCGCAUCCGGCGACGGCGGCGCGCGUGGCGUCAGCCUGCGUUCUCUCGCGGAGUGCGGCUUGCACGCGGAGGCGCGUAGCGGGCCGGCUUCGCCUCUCGCAGCGCACGUCCGGCAGAUCUCGUGCGGCAGCGUGGUCGGCGGGGACGGGGCGCCGCCGCCGUCCGACGCAGCCGCGCCGCCAAUGGAGCGGCGGGCGCCCGCCCCGUCGUCCCCGUCUUCGUCCGUGGAGCGGGAGAGCGACGGCGAGUGGUGCCGGUUGCGCGUCGCGCACGCGCCGCCGGAAAGCGUGGACGUUUUCUUUGCCCGUGCGUUUCGCGCGGUGUGCCGCGCGGUCCUCCGGCGCCCCGGGGGCGGGCGGCUGGCAGGUUCGCGGCAGGUGGCGUUGUGCGCGUUCGACGCCUACAGCACUCUGCACCGCUUCAGCGUGUACAUGGCGCUCCGCGGCCACCGGCUGCACCUCGUCGACGGCGUGUGUCCCCGAGCGGCGCCCGACGCCGUGGAGGAUGUGAGCUGGCUCUGCCUUCUUGCUGAAGACGUGGAGGGCGAGGGCGCGGCAGCCAAGCUGCUUGGUGGUUGGCUGUCGCCGGGGUGGCCGAAGGCGGCCGGCGAGGCGCCUGCGGCGGCGCUGGUGGUGGUGCGCUUCGCCGAAGUCUGCGGGGACGCGGGCUGCGAGGAUCGAAACGCCGAAUCGGCGCCACGCGACGGCGAAGACGCGGUCGUGAGGAGGCUGCUGGGCGUCGUGGGCGGCGCCGGGGCUUUUGUGGUGUGCCGGCUGUUUCUUGGCGGGGGCGACGGUGAGCUCAUGGCGACGUCGUUGGCGGCGGCCUGCCGGCACCGCCCGCAGCAGCCGGAUUGGCAGGGCGCCGCCGUGGCCCGCCGGCGGCGGCAGGAGGAGUCGCCCGUGGAGCUGCGCGUUCCCGCCAGCCGGUGGCAGCUGGACCUCCUCCGCUCGCUGGCGGCGCGGGACAAAUCCACGGAGCGGGGCGGUGCAGGAGGGCCGCCGCCGUGCGCCGCGCCUCUGCCGCCGCAUCUGCUGCAGUCCGUGGCCUACGGGAACGUGUUCGACGCGUCGCUUGCCGCCGCGCUCGCCGCCGCGCCUGGCGGGCGGGAGCUGCUGGACGGCGUCAGGGACAGGGUGGUGCGCGGCGGGGACUUUGUUGGCGGCGACGCCUUCCCCGUUUUGGCGGCCGCGCGGGCCGUUCUGGCGGACGUCCUCGCGGCGCCGUCGGCAGAGCCCGCCGCGCGGCAGCGACGCGUGGCCCUGUGCCUCCCCGGCGCCGGCGGUGCGACGGACGACGCGGCAGCAUACUUGCACGCCGUCCAGAGUUUCCUUCGGCCAUGGCAUCUUUUUACCCUGUCGGCGGAAAAGCGGAGGCGGCAGCCGAGCGUGGCGGCAUUGCUGGACAGCCGGGCGUGGUUGGAGGCGGGCGGCGUGCUGCUACUGAGCCCUGAGGACCCGCUCUGCGGGCUGAGCUCCCUCCACGACGAGGCCGACGUCGCGAUCACGUGCGGCAAGGCGGCCGCCGCUCUUGUCGCCGGGUGCCGCCGCGGCGUGUCGCACAUCGCGCUCCACUCGGAGGUCGAGCUCGCGGAGUGCCCGACGCAGCGGUGGACGCUGUGGCGCGGCCCCGCGGAGGAGGCGGAGCGCUCGGACGCCGAGAGGGCCGUUCUAGCGGCGGCAGUUGCCGUGGGCGGGGCGGGCGCGGCGCCCGUUAUCGCGACAGCCGCCGCCCUUCUGCAGCGGCUGACGCCUCCCGCCGCGGGAGAAGAAGAGCCGGCGAGGACGGCGGGAGGUAAGCGGCUGCGCGAGAAGGGUGCUGCCAGCGAAUGGGCUCACCUGCGCCGAAUUGCCGAGGCAGUCGCACUUUGUGGCUGCCGCAACCCGGUGGAAUUGUUUGGCGAGACGGACCCGUAG